AUGCAAGGUCUGCUGAUGUCUGCCCUGGCGCUCCUGCCACAGAGUCCAGAUGGACGUGCUGCCUGGUCCGUGCUGCUGGGUCGGGAGAAGGCGAAGCAGCUGGCAGACAACGCCAGCUACGUCUAUCCGCUCCUGGGCGUCUUGUCGAUGUGGUGCUUUGGAAGCGGCUUCCUGUCGCUGCCCUUCACUUGGGCCCUCCUGCUUACAAAUCUAAAUCCCGAGCAGCCACCGCCGCCUUUGGAGGAAGCGUCGGAGCCCUCGGAAACCGAGCGUCGCGUCGCCUCGGUUCUGCUGGUCCUUGCGGCCGUGGCUGCCGCGCCCCUCCCCUGGGCACAGAUGAUUGCGGCUGCUCUGGGCGUUUGA